UGACGACACAUGUCUCUUUGAUGACAAAGGGAUAUUGACAGCCAAUAAGGAGAGGCCACGUUAUUUGAUUGAAAACGAAAUGACGGUCCGUACGUACGUUAGUUACUCUUCCUUCCUUCCUUCCGCGUUCUUAAAUCUUGAAUCUUAACCAUUAAGAAACAUAUCAUCAAUGGAAGGAAACAAGUAGUAGUCAAUAGACAGACAACUGAGAGAAUCUGAUCUGGUAUGGACGGACCACCGGUAAACGAUUGUUGCUCAAUCUGCCAUGGCAACUUUCAUCUUCCUCAUCAAGCCAAUUGUUCUCAUUGGUACUGCGGAAAUUGCAUUUUACAAGUUUGGAAUCAUGGGUCAGCAUUACAGCCAUGCAGAUGCCCUCUUUGUAGACGCCAGAUUACUAUAUUGGUUCCUAGUCAAGCUUCCUCUCAGCAAGUUCAUGAUCCGGAAGCUUCUCAGAUUUUAAGAAGGAUUGAAUCCUAUAACCGUCUUUUCGGUUCGCAGUCAGCCGGUCUCGGCCAGAGACUGCAAGACCUUCCAUUUCUUCUCAAAAGGUUGUUUCGAGAACUGAUGGAUCCUCAAAGAUCUCUCCCGUUUGUCAUUAAAGCACGCGUAUAUCUGGCUCUAAUAUCAACUGCCAUUUAUGUACUUAGCCCUGUGGACAUUAUACCCGAAGCAUUGUUUGGAGUACUUGGUCUAUUGGAUGAUGUCAUUAUAGCCCUUAUCUUUUUCCUUCAUGUUGGCACCCUGUAUCGGGCUAUUCUUGUGCGCCGUUAUGGAGGAUCUUCAACCUGACGAUUUGAAGCCUUAUAUUGAUGUUGGUUGUUCCUGUUUAACAUCUGCAAUUAUGCUUCAUCUGAUAUUGAUACAAUAUACAGAUUGUGAUAUUUGUAUAAUGAUGGGGAAGAUUGUUUUAGUUGCAAGACGUACGAGUUUUCAUUUUUAUUA